AUGUACAAACUCACUGCCGAUGAUCUCGAUGACUCGUGUGACGACAACACUCCCAUCAUUCGCGCAGCAGCCAAGUCCAACCCCGCAGUAUUGGAAGCCCUUCUUGCCCAUCACGCAACGGCCAGCGCAGAAGAAAACCUCACCAAGAGAGAACGCUUCCGCCUCGAGCGCCUGGGGCCGAGUGCUACUGUGGGAGGAACAGCAUGCAAUCAGUUUCUGUCGCCUAUCAAAUCGGCAAUCCGUGCCCACCUGCCACACAACCUUCGUCUCCUUUUGGCUGCAGGGGCAAACCCAGAUGGCAUAGAUCGGGUAUGUAUGUCAGACUAUUCUGUGCGAUGGAUUCGUGGCCGUCAUUUUCGCGACGAUGUAACGAGCUUCGGUUGCUGUAAGCCCCGUGCUAUUGUUCUCGCAAAUGCGCAGUGCAAGGGUAUCAGUCACCAGCUAUGCCCCUUGACCCCUGGGGAACUCGAUGAACGAUGUCAUGGGUUCCCCCGAUUCUGGACGGAACCGAAUGUACCAGGUCAAAGACUGAGGAUGGAGAAGGCAUUCACAGCGCUGGAAGUCGCUGCCCAGGUAGGUGAUGUGGAAUGCCUGGAUAUCCUUCGUGCAGCUGGGGCGGAUGAGUCUGCAUGGGUGCAGGAAGUGUCCUUGGACGAAAAGCAGAUUCAAAUGGAUGAUGCAGAGUGGUCGAUUUCCUUUCUAUCGACAUCUUCGCCUGUCCACGAAGCUAUUACAGCUGGUCAGCAGUCUAUGCUUCGCCACCUCUUGUCCACCUGUGGAUACUCGCCUAACUACCGCUCCUACGCUGCUCCGACUGUUGCCCUUCCGCCACUUUCUUACGCCAUCGCUCGUUGCGAUUUGAAUGACCCUGGCGUACAGAGAUGUUUAGUAGAUCUUCUGUCUCACCCUCGGCUAGACGCAAAUCUACGCACGCCCAUUUUCAACAUCCACCCCCUUCACUUUGCAACUGCGCACCACGACCCGCAACUCCUUAUAUGGUUAGCCAAUCUGAUUCCGGGUGGGUACGAAGCUGCAGGGACCACAGCCUUAGGACAUACACUACUUCAUAUAGCUUGCCUACCUCUCACAGCCACUCAAAUCGUGGCUCGCAAUCCGGAAGUUGCAAAGAGCAUACACUGUGCUCGCACCUUGGAUUCUCAGUGGAAACCCCAUCGUCUACCGAGUCCACUUCACAUGGAAUUCUCUACGGCAGAAUCAAUAGGUUUGGGAUAUAAGAUAACUCCGAUGACGGCGGCUGAACAGGUAGCACAACAGGAUACAAUCCAAGUUCUAUUGGAAUGGAGCGGUGUAGACCUUAGGGCGAAGGAUCUAGAAGGAAAUACCGCCCUACACUAUUUGGCUGGGACUUUGAACAUGAGUGAGGAUACAAUUGAGAUGAUUCGCCAGAUGGAAGGGGGUGAAGAAGUCUGGCUAGAGUCAGAGAACUGCUAUGGAGUCACUCCGAAGGAGAUGUGGGGAGAGUAA